AUGGAGGCGGGCGCGGGGGGUUCGCGCGCCCACCUGGCCGCGCUGGUGCUGGCCCGCGGCGGCAGCAAGGGGAUCCCGCUGAAGAACAUCAAGCUGCUGGCGGGGGUGCCGCUCAUCGGCUGGGUGCUGCGCGCCGCCACCGACGCCGGCGUCUUCCACAGUAUCUGGGUUUCUACAGACCAUGAUGAAAUUGAGAAGGUUGCAAAGCAGUUUGGUGCUCAAGUCCAUCGCAGAAGCCCCGAAGUUUCUCAAGACUCCUCAACUUCUCUAGAAGCUAUCAGAGAGUUUCUUAAUCAUCAUCAUGAAGUUGAUAUUGUAGGAAAUAUUCAAGCAACAUCUCCUUGUUUACAUCCCAGUGAUCUUAUAAAAGUAGCAGAUAUGAUCCAGAAGGAGGGAUUUGAUUCUGUCUUCUCUGUUGUGAGACGGCAUCAAUUCAGAUGGAGCGAGGUGAAAAAAGGAGAAAACAAAAUGACAGAACCCCAAAACCUGAAUCCAGCAAAACGGUACCGGAGGCAAGAUUGGCCUGGGGAGCUGUAUGAAAAUGGUUCAUUUUAUUUUGCUAAGAGACACUUGAUUGAGAAAGGCUACUUGCAGGGUGGGAAAAUGGCCUACUAUGAAAUGCGUGCAGAGCACAGUGUGGAUAUUGAUAUAGACAUUGAUUGGCCUAUUGCAGAGCAGAGAGUAUUGAGCUUUGGAUAUUUUGGCAAAGAGCCAUUGAAAGAAGUGAAGCUGUUGGUUUGCAGUAUUGAUGGGUGCCUGACAAAUGGUCGCAUUUAUGUGACAGAAGAUCAGAAGGAAAUGGUCUCCUAUGAUUAUAGAGAUAUUGUUGGUGUUGAUCUAUUAAAGAAAAGAGGAAUCCAGGUUCGACUCAUCUCUGAAAGAGAUUGUUCAAAAACACUGUCAGCCAUGCAGCUGGGAUGUAUAGCGAAGGUUAACACAGCAGAUAAAUUACAAGUCCUGGAGGACUGGCAAAAAGACAUGGGUCUGAGCUGGAAAGAAGUCGCUUACUUAGGAAAUGAGGAGUCUGAUGUGGAAUGCCUGAAGAAAGCUGGCAUGAGUGGUGUGCCUGCUGAUGCCUGUGCAGUUGCUCAGAAGGCUGCUGGUUAUAUUUGUAAAAGCAAUGGUGGCUGUGGAGCUGUCCGGGAGUUUGCAGAACACAUUUUCCUCUUGUUAGAAAAAGUGAACUCUGCGAGGAAGCAAAUGCAAGGAAUUAGUUCAGCGGGAAAGGAAAUGGGGAAAUGA